AUGGAAACUGAAGAACACUUAUUAUCCUUAAAAGUGAUGCGCUUGACUCGCCCUACUUUGGCAAGCCCAUUCCCAGUGACCUGUGAUAGCAGAGAUUUACCUGGAAACCUACUGAACAAUGCAUUACAACAAGAUCCUACAACGGUGGAAGGAACCGAGACACUGUGUUCUGGCCAGUUUCUACUGCUGCCUCAGACACCAGUCAACAUUUAUCUUGGAGAAACAUUUUCAAGUUAUAUCUGUGUCUAUACAGAAACUUCAGAUGUGGUUAGCAAUGUGACAGUCAAAGUUGAUUUGCAGACAAGCUCCCAGAGGCUUCCACUAUCUGCAAACCCACCAACUCCUCAGUUGCUACCAGAUAAAACUGUUGAUAUAGUCAUACAUCAUGAAGUUAAAGAAAUUGGAACACAUAUAUUAGUGUGUGAAGUUACAUACCAAACCCCCAAUGGUGCUGCCAUGUCAUUCAGGAAGUUUUUCAAAAUCAUGGUUCUCAAACCUUUAGAUGUUAAAACAAAGUUUUGUAAUGCAGAAAAUGAUGAUGUUUAUUUGGAAGCCCAAGUUCAAAAUAUUACAGCAGGGCCUAUAUGUUUGGAAAAAGUUGCUCUAGAUGCCUCACACCUUUUUAAUGUUUUGCCCUUGAAUGGGAUGCCAGAUGGUGACAGUGUUUUUGGUAAAACUAUAAUUCUUCAACCCCAGGCUGUAUGUCAAUUUUUGUAUUGUCUUGAACCAAAUGAGAAGUUGUCUUCUGAUUUAAAAUUACUUAGUGGAGCUACUAAUAUUGGAAAACUAGACAUUGUAUGGAGGUCCAAUCUUGGUGAACGUGGUAGAUUACAGACAAGUCAGUUACAGAGAAUGAGUCCUGAUUAUGGAGACAUCAGAAUGACAAUCACAGAAUUGCCGAAUUUUGUUGUACUAGAAGAUUUAUUCACUUUCAAGUGCAAUUUGAUCAACAAUUGUGAACGUACAGUAGAAUUGAUGAUAUACUUGGAAAAUGUAGAAGGAAUUGCAUGGUGUGACAUAUCAGGAAGAAAACUGGAACCUUUACCACCAAUGACACAAAAAACUUUAGAAUUCAAAUGUAUUCCCUUGAUACCAGGACUGAGAACAAUAUCAGGUGUCAAACUCUUAGAUACUUUCCUCAAAAGAACCUAUACAUAUGAUGAACUAGGGCAAAUAUUUGUUGUAUUGAAUGAUGAAAAUUGCAAAAGUAUAUAA